AGGCGGGUCCCCGCCCUCCCCAGGGAGCAGCCGGUUGAGGCGGGAGCGGUGCAUUGUGGGCAGAGGGGCGGGGGUUGGGAAGAUGGCGGCUCCCAGCCUCCUCAACUGGAGGCGAGUUUCUUCCUUCACGGGGCCGGUCCCCCGCGCCCGGCACGGACACCGAGCGGUGGCCAUCCGGGAGCUGAUGAUCAUCUUUGGAGGGGGAAAUGAGGGCAUCGCGGAUGAGCUGCACGUUUACAACACGGCUACGAAUCAGUGGUUUCUGCCAGCUGUUAGAGGAGAUAUCCCUCCAGGCUGUGCUGCCCAUGGAUUUGUCUGUGAUGGUACCAGAAUAUUAGUAUUUGGGGGAAUGGUUGAAUAUGGAAGAUACAGCAAUGAGUUAUAUGAGUUACAAGCAAGUCGUUGGUUAUGGAAAAAAGUGAAACCCCAUCCCCCUCCUUCUGGUUUACCUCCUUGUCCUCGGCUUGGACAUAGCUUCUCUUUAUAUGGUAACAAAUGCUAUUUGUUUGGUGGCCUGGCAAACGAAAGCGAAGAUUCAAACAAUAAUGUUCCCAGAUAUUUAAAUGAUUUUUAUGAGUUGGAGCUACAGCAUGGCUCUGGUGUUGUGGGUUGGAGCAUUCCAGUGACUAAAGGGGUUGUGCCUUCUCCAAGAGAAUCCCACACAGCUGUUAUAUAUUGCAAAAAAGAUUCUGGAAGUCCUAAAAUGUAUGUUUUUGGUGGAAUGUGUGGUGCUCGCCUGGAUGACCUAUGGCAGCUUGACUUAGAAACUAUGUCAUGGUCAAAACCAGAAACUAAAGGGACAGUGCCACUUCCACGAAGCCUUCAUACAGCCAGUGUUAUAGGAAACAAGAUGUACAUUUUUGGUGGAUGGGUCCCACAUAAGGGGGAAAAUACUGAGACUUCACCUCAUGAUUGUGAAUGGAGAUGUACCAGUUCAUUUUCUUACCUAAAUCUGGAUACAACAGAGUGGACCACCCUAGUAUCAGAUUCUCAGGAAGAUAAAAAAAAUUCAAGACCAAGACCAAGAGCUGGCCACUGCGCUGUUGCAAUCGGCACUCGAUUGUAUUUUUGGAGUGGAAGAGAUGGCUACAAAAAAGCACUGAAUAGUCAAGUUUGCUGCAAGGAUCUUUGGUAUCUUGAUACUGAGAAACCACCGGCACCAUCUCAAGUACAGCUGAUCAAAGCCACUACCAACUCCUUUCAUGUCAAGUGGGAUGAAGUGUCUACAGUUGAGGGCUAUCUUUUGCAGUUGAGUACAGACUUGCCAUACCAAGCUGCAUCAUCAGAUUCUUCAGCAGCACCAAAUAUGCAAGGAGUCAGGAUGGACCCUCACAGACAAGGCAGUAAUAACAUCGUUCCUAACAGUAUCAAUGAUACAAUAAACAGCACAAAAACUGAACAGCCAGCCACAAAAGAAACUUCAAUGAAAAACAAACCAGACUUUAAAGCACUGACGGAUUCUAAUGCCAUUUUAUAUCCAUCUUUGGCAUCAAAUGCUUCUAAUCAUAAUAGUCAUGUGGUGGAUAUGCUAAGGAAAAAUGAAGGUCCUCACACUUCAGCAAAUGUAGGUGUUCUAAGUAGUUGCCUGGAUGUAAGAACAGUAAUUCCUGAAACAUCUGUAUCCAGUACUGUUUCCAGCACACAAACUAUGGUAACCCAGCAGACCAUUAAAACUGAAUCAUCCAGUACAAAUGGGGCAGUUGUUAAAGAUGAAACUUCACUAACAACAUUCAGUACCAAAUCUGAAGUUGAUGAAACAUAUGCACUGCCUGCAACGAAGAUCAGCCGUGUAGAGACCCAUGCUACAGCAACGCCGUUUUCUAAAGAGACUCCUUCAAAUCCAGUGGCCAUAGUGAAAGCGGGAGAACGACAAUGGUGUGAUGUGGGAAUUUUUAAAAAUAAUACAGCUUUGGUGAGCCAGUUUUAUUUGCUGCCAAAAGGGAAGCAAAGCAUCUCAAAGGUAGGAAAUGCAGAUGUACCUGACUACAGCUUGCUUAAGAAACAAGAUCUUGUUCCAGGCACAGGAUACAGAUUCAGGGUUGCUGCAAUCAAUGGUUGUGGGAUAGGUCCUUUCAGCAAAAUCAGUGAAUUUAAAACUUGUAUUCCUGGUUUUCCUGGAGCUCCUUCUGCAGUCAGAAUUUCAAAGAAUGUUGAAGGUAUCCACCUUUCCUGGGAACCUCCAACCUCACCUUCUGGAAAUAUUUUGGAAUAUUCAGCCUACUUGGCUAUCCGCACAGCACAGAUACAAGAUAAUCCAAGUCAACUUGUGUUCAUGAGGAUUUAUUGUGGUCUUAAGACAUCGUGUAUAGUAACUGCUGGGCAACUUGCAAAUGCACAUAUUGAUUAUACAUCCAGGCCUGCCAUUGUGUUCAGGAUAUCAGCAAAGAAUGAAAAGGGAUAUGGACCAGCUACACAAGUUCGGUGGCUUCAAGGUAACAAUAAGAAAGCACCUUUAAAUUGAAUUGGUUUUUUUACUGAAGCUGUUGUGAUGAUGAUUAUUUAUUAGUAACUGGUUAUGAAGAUUUGUCAUUUAAAAGAGUAUUCUCUGGCUGUAUUUCCAGCAGUUAUGAACUUGAGUUUGUAAAUUGUUCUUAAAAUGUAUUUGCUGAAUUAUAGAUCCAAAUAAAAGAAAAGAAGCAAAGACUCUCUGAAAAUUAGUAUAUGAGUUCUUCCUUACAGAUACAGCUCUUUUAUAAAGAAAAACAGUGAAAUUAAGAUAAAAGCUAGAAAGCUUUAUUACCCCAAUAUCUUUUAUAAGGGCUGUGUAACCCAGUCAUCCUAGAGUUAUUGAGAUGAUUCUGGUAACUGGCUGUUGUAUACUAUGCUGUCUUAUAUAGUAAAUGUUCUCUACAUUGUAAAUGUCCUACCUUUGAGUACUCCCUCUAUCUUUAUUCUAUAUGAGCAGUGUUCCUCUAACAACUGUCUUCUAUUGGAUAAUAUGUGUGAUACUAUAAUAAUUCUAAUAGUUAUUUGAUUCCUUUCUUUGUUUACAGUUAGCACAGAGCUUAAGAAGUUAAAAAAGAGGCAAGUUUAGAAACUGCUUUUGAACUUUUAUUAUUUUCCAAGAAUCAUGGUAAAAUACAACAAGAACAAUGAGUUUUCUUGAUUCUUACCAGGCCAAUAUAUUUGAAUAUAUUUUUGGCCAAAGCACUUAACUUAUCUGGCCCUCAUUUUCCUCAUAACAGAUGAGGGAGUUAAAGCAGUUUAUCUUUUAGGUCCCUUUCAGCACUAAGGUUUUGUGUUUUUAGUAGAAGUGAAGUAUGUCCCUGAACAUUUUCAUCUGUCUUAAUGGCUCUAAUUUUGCUUUUGCUAAAAUUAAAAUCUUCAUAAUUAAAUUCAAAAUUAAAGUAUAUGUCCUCCUAUUGGAGAAAAAAACAAGCACCUUAACAGGACACAAGUUUUAAAAUAGUGUUUUAAACAUUUGUAAGAUUUUUGUAAAUGCUCUAAAUGUUUUAUUUUUGCAUUGUUUUUACCUUGAAAUUGUAUAAACUUUUUUACUAUGAAAAUAUAAGCAUUAGACAGCUAACUCAGGUUCCAUUACAACCUUAAAGAUACAGAUAGGCAUUAUAAACACUCUGCUACAGGUAACUUGUUUUAAACCUUUUAGGAAUUUCAUGGUUCCACUGCCUAUUUAAAUCUGGAAUUAAUAUACAGAGCAAUAAUUGCAGAAAAGAUAUUUCAAACUAAGAGCUUCAAUAACUGCAGGGGCACAGGUCUAUCUUUUUUUAUACCACAUAACCUUAUGCCAGUUUAGGUUGACUGAGUAGCUAUGUCCUCAAAUUUCAUGUAUGAUACCCCCCAGCAAAGAUGGAUUUAAUUGUGCAGAAUUGAUAUAUAUGUGUGUUCCAGUUACUAAUUUAAAGUGUAUAGAAUAUUUUAAUAUAUAAUUUUUGUAAAGAACUGGGAUUUUUAUACUACAGUAUUUGUAAUUAAUGUGUCUCACUAAUUAAGUUUCUCUUGAAGAAAAUAUGCAAAUUGUUAGACACAUAAUGAGUGGUUUCCAAACUCUAAAGAUAAAAUAAAUGCACUACUAUGGUGUUGUUAGAAUACCUUUUUUGUGGCUGUAUGAAUCUUUACUCUUUAAAUGUGUACUUUACAAUGUUUACAAGGAGCUUCUCUGGUUUGUUAUCCCAGCAAUGCCCUUGGUGAGAGCUUCAUUCUGCAUUUGUUUAAUUCAUAUGCUUUGCUUUUGGCAUAUGCUUGCUUUUUGCACUAGUAGAAUUUUAACUUACCUCAUUAUUAUGUUUGUAAUCAUUUGUCUAGCUUCUGUAAUGUAUCUGAUAUAGGCUAAACAAAUACUUAACCAAAGUUAAAAUACAUGGUAAGCAAUUUUGCACAUAUUAAAUAUUAGGGUUUGUUGUGUAUAUGUGUAUACUUAAUUAUAAAAAGAAUAUGAAUGGAAAGUUAUACUAAAAGUAUAUGUUUCAAGCCCAGUUAUUUUAAAGAUCUAUUGCUUUAAUAGAAAAAGUUUGGCUUUUAACCCUUUCUUCUCUGAAUUAAUUAACAACGUGCAUCUUGAAGCCCUUCUCCUGAUAACAAGGAAUAAGUUGAUUUUAAGCAAAGGAUAGAAUAUUUGUUUGAGUGUGCACAUUUAUACCUGUUUAGUAUUUGAUUCAGUUAAGCCUCCACUCUUCUGGAUCAGGAGGUGAUUCUGAACCUGUGGUUCUAACAUAUGACUUACUUUUUAGAGGGAAGAGAAGUCUUUCUAUACUGAGGGAUUUGUUAAAAUCAUAAAUGUUUUUGCCUUUAGACUUAGCCCAGAUUCUAUUUUUUUUUUUUUGGCAUUUGUACAUUAAGCACCAGUCAUAUUUAUCUCUGUGAUAAGGGACUGCUGACUAAAAAAUGCCAUUAAGAAAUCUCUGUGGCUUUGACAUUAGUAGUUAAUAAGAGAUCUUAGAGCUGUGUGCUGAUGAAUAGAAUGAAUUGGAGCAAAUAGCAAGAGAAGUGCAUUUAGCUUCUUAUGAUUUGCACAUUUUCUAAGUGAAGAUCCGUUUGUGUAGCAGUAGGCUGUAUCAUGCAGAUAUUUUUCAUAGGAUUUGCACUGAGUUAAAUGACUUUCUUUACUCUUCCCAGUCAGGUAAGCAGUUCAAAUAUAACAAGCCUUUGUGCCAGUCCUCUUCUGUGUUCUGCAACUCUGGCUCUCAUAAGUAGUAAAAAUAUUUUUGAUGUUGCAUGCUGUCAGAAUUACGUUUUCUAAAAUAUCAUAUUGGCUUCAUUUUAGUUUAAUAAACUUCUUUGGCAACUUAAUUAGACAUAGGGUAUAUAUAAACUCAAUUUUAUCUGCAUUUUUAAAAAAAUUGAAAUAAUCUAAUUGCAUGUAUGAAGGACUCCUGCCUCAUUACCCAAUUACAUAAAUACAAUUAUCUAUAGGAAGGUGAAAUUGUUGAUCUAUUAUUUCAAAGACUUGUAGACUAGCAAAGAUUCAUUCUGAUUAGAAAUAAGGUCUAUAGCUAAAGAUAUUUUUAUUUUAAAAAAUUACAGCCCUUGUAACAAAAAUCAUUUGUAACAUUGGAUAUGAAGACAUUAUUAGUAUUUAAAAUUAUUGUAGUCAUUUGAUCAUAAAUGAAGUAGCUUGCAAAAUAGACUUGGCCUUUGACCCUUUAAGGUGUAACUGACUGACUGUUGUGUUUUUCAAGACUGAUUUUAGGCAGUUUUAUGUAUCGUGUACCAAUGAUAUGUAAAAUAAAGCACCUUUUCUACUAUAAACAAUUACAGGUGUUAUUUAUUUUGAAGGAUAUGAAAGAAAAGUUAGUGAUGGCAGAGUAAAUCUGUAGAAAUGUUGAUUUUAUAUUUAAAAUAACAUUAUGUAAACAUAUUAAACAUAUUAACAUGUUUAAUAAUUAAUAUUUAAUAAUUAACAAGUUUAAUAAUUGUUAAACAUAUAUUUAAAAGGCUGCCUGUAUUGUUUGAAAUAAUAUAGGCAGCCUUUAAAUUAAGAAUGGAUCGUGUUUAAAAACUUGUUUUUAAGUUUUUAAGAUGGUAGUUGGGAGUCGUUUUCUCAUAGAAAUGUAAAUCCUAUGUAAGUAACCCUUGUCACACCUGAACUAGUAUGCUUGAAAGUAAAAAGGCAAAUGGCUCCAAGAAAUAGUCUAAACUUGUUGUCACCUUUUUUUGUCUUUCAUUUACUCUAAAAUAUUUUUCUUUAUUCUUUUCAUCCUUUUAAAUUCGUAGCAGCCAGACUUCUGACCUGCUGCUCCAUUGAAAUGGCUCUAGCAAAGUUCAAGGAUAAUCUCCCAUUUCCCAAAUCCAGGGAACUCUUUUAUCGUAUUUAAUCUUGUCAUUUGAAACUUUUGUCCACUGUCUCGGCACUUCCUCAUUUUUGUAGUGUCUAUCAUACCAUGCCUUCUGUCCAUCUUUACACACCUCCUCCUGUCUAUGGUUCCCUUUUUUACUCCCACCUGUCCCCAUUCAUUUUUUUUCCUAGAUUCAGGCCAAUUUGCCAAUCUGAAGAAGUCUUUCCUGACAUACUCCACCACCAGGUAGAUUUAACCCCUUCUUUUUGUUCUCCCACUGUCCUUUGUUAAAUCUUCUGUCAUAGCAGUCUAAAAGCUUAGCGCCUCUAUUUGUUAGCCUGUCCCUCUCCAUCUGCUAGGUGGUAGGUCUUCAAGGCAGAGAUUGGGUCUUUAUACCCGUUCCAUGUUGGCUGGCUAGUUAACUGGUGCUUAAAUAUUUUAACAAGCGGGUAAAGAAAAUUGUCACCUUUACACUUCUUCAUAUUCCCACUCCUCCUAAAUAGAGGUCAGAAUGGGAGGGAAGCUUUGAAAGGGAAAGAGAUUUUUUGCAGAUUUGCCAAGUAUCUGGAGGAAAUGCAAACUCUUUAGCUUUGUCUUACCCUGCCCUGCUAUUAGGUUAAAAGAAGUUCUGGGAUAAGAGAUUUAGUAUAGGAGGUCUUUGAUUUGAAAAGGUCCUUCUACCAGAUCAGGUUUGUUUUUUUUCUUAAAGGAAAGAAAGAAGAAAGAUCUUUCAUGAGGUUAUGGGCAUUGCUGGAUUAUGAUUUUUAACACUGGAUGAUCAAAAUAAGCUAAAACUGUCAAAAGUUAAUCUCUGACACUAGAAAUUACCUACCUAUAUAAAUUCAGGGAACUGCUGAAGGACAUGGUUACCAGGAUUGGAACUGCAUUGGAUUCUGUUAAUAUCAAGUCAGGUCACUGUUAUCACCUCUAAACUUGUAGGACAAAAGAUUCUUACACUCAGGAAAAUGAGAUGACAUUGGCAAAACUCCCUUCUAAGUUUUCUAGUUAUAGUUAGUCCCUAGACUUACGUAUUUCUGUGACUCCAGAAAAAAACUUACUUUGAUCAUUCCUGGAAAAACAUGAACUACAAAAUUCUGGGGGAAAAAUCAAUAAAUUCUGUAAACCGAAUGAAGGGCUUAUGUCUGUAAUCCCAGGCCAAGGCGGGUGGAUCACCUGAGGAUUGACCAGCCUGGCCAAUAUGGUGAAACCCUGUCUCUACUAAAAAUACAAAAAUUAGCUUGGCGUGGUGGCGGGCGUCUGUAAUCCCAGCUACUCAGGAGGCUGAGGCAGGAGAAUCGCUUGAACCCUGGAGGCAGAGGUUGCAGUGAGCUGAGAUCGCGCCAUUGCACUCCAGCCUGAGCGACAAGAGUGAAACCCCAUCUCAAAAAAAAGGCCAUAAAAUCUGAGAACACCAGCUUCCUUGUUCAAAAUAGUGUCCACUUGUGGGCCUAUUAAUCUCAGCAGAGGGGAUCUGGAACUGAUGAGCAUGAGGUUCUUUUGUUUUAUAUAUUUGGUAUUUUGGAUAAAUUAGGUUGAGCAAAGGCCUGCUACUUAAUCAUCAAAUUCACAAUCUGGCUACCACUCCUGCCAGUACCUCACAUUCAAAAAAGUUAUGAGAAUGCAAGGUUAUAAAGCCUUUGGUCUUGGAUAGAGAGAAUGCUGGGAAGUCAUAGAGAUGAGGUUGUGAAGGUUACAGAAGUAUUCCUUAUUUACUGAUUUUAAUUUGCUUGUUCAAAAGAUAUUUGAAGAGUGCCUAGAGAUGUCAGGGUGUUUACAUAUAAAAGAGAAGAAAGUAUGAAUUGGUGGCAUAUCAGAUAUGGAAGAUGUCACAGAGAAGGAAACGUCCCCCCCCCCACCACCAUUCUACCCACUUCCCCUUCAUGGUCUUCUUACCCCCCCAAAGAUAUGAAGCUAAAAGAUCCAUCAUUCCUGAGCAUGAGAAUUGAGGAAGGCACAAGACGAGCCCUUUGGUAUGAGCACAUACAGGUUAAAAAUAAAAGGUAGCAGCUGGUGUUUGUUUUUGAACAUAGAAAAACCAUGUCCACUAGUAAAUUAUACUCCAACAAAUGUCCAGCUCCAACCAAAAAGAUUAUCCAUUCCUCCUACUGAGAAGAUAGAGUAGACGUUCUCUGAGAAUUUAAGAAGAGUUACCUCCUUUUCUCUUUUCAUAUUGGGGAAGGGGCAAAAAGCUACAGCAAUAAUGUUUAUCAUCCGCUGUAACAAAGCAUAGCAUGUAAGAGAGUGGGCAGAGAUCUGAAGAUAAAACUGCUUGAGUCACAAUCAUCCUGCCAGUUGCGAUUUAGCACCCCCUGGUGGCAUUGUCCAGUCCAGCUUACAUGUGGAUAAGAUUCUAGGUCUUGUAGCUGCCUAGGAUUUUAAAAAUAGCUACAGCAAUAUCUGGAGCUUUCUGGUGAGUUGGCAAUCCUGUGUUAGACCCAGUUGGAGAGACUGGACCUGGAGAAUAUACUUUCUACUUUCCUGCAACUUCCUAACCCAGGAUAAUAACUUUAACCUGCCCUGUUUAGAUACAGGAACACACUGAUUAUUUCAAGAUCCAUUUAAUUUUUGAGGAUUUUUAGAUUGUUUAUCAAAACUUCUAGCUAGUUUUCUGAAUCAGGAGAAAUUGCAUCUUAACUAUGUCUUUUUAAGUCUACAAAAUGGUACUGACAUUGAUAACCUUGGUAAAGACGUGAUUGCAAAAUUGUUAUAACAUUUGUGUGACCAGCAAGGCACCUGUUAUUGAGCAAUGUGGAGAAACGGUCAGUUGCUGCCAUACACUUUCCAUAUUUUUGGAAUACUUAAUACAUAAAUCAUUAUUAGGAGAAUGUGUGAGAGGAAAUUUGUACUUUUGAAAGUCAACAUAAUUCAGUAAAGAGGUGGUUUCUUUGUCAAUUUAUUUGGAAUUUAUAUCACCUAUCAUUUCAUUAUCUGCUUUAUAUAAAUAAUUAUACCCAGAGAACAAAGUAACCAAUUAACCAGAGUCAUGCCAGUGAGUCCAAGCCAACUUGGAAGAACAGUGCUAUAAUAUUGCCAUGUCAUUGGAUCUUGACCCUGUGGGAAUCUAGUUAACUUCUGUGAGGAAUAGUCCAUACUCAUUUCCUUUUCAUAUUAUCAUGUAUUGCUUCCCCCAUUAUUCUAAUUGACUGAUUUGCAUAGCACAGUAGUGGCUGAAAUAUCAGAUGUUCUCCCUUUGUUGAUGAAAGUACAUAUUGCAUAACUUUGUAUCUUUUUUCUUUUAAAAUGUUUGUUGUGAAAUAAUACAAAAGUAUAUUGUGUAUGUAUGGUUUAAAAAAUAACAUGAUCACACGUACUCAGCCUUCAGCUUAAGAACUAGAACAUUCUCAGCUGCCUAGAAUCCCGCAUUUGUUCUCCCUCCAUAGAUUAUAUGAGGUAAACAUUCUUCUGGAUUUUUUAAUAAUUUCCCAUGUUUUUAUUUGUGACUCUACCAUCUAUGUAUGUACUCCUAAUAAUAUAUUGUUUAGAUUUGUUUUUGAACUUUUAUGUAAAUGGAAUCAUGCUGUAUGUAUUCUUCUGUGACCUCUUUUUUCUGACAUUGUUUUUGAGAUUCCUAUCCAUGUUUAUGCAUGUAACUGUAUUUCAUGUUUUCACAGCUAUAUGGUAUUCGAUUGUAUGACUAUUUCACAAUUUAUUUAUCCAUUCUUCUAUUUAUGGAGAUUUGGAUUGUUUUCAGCAUUUUGCAAUUACAAACAAUGCUGCUAUGAACAUUCUGCCCAAUUACAAUGUAAGCUGUGUGUGGGCAGAAGUUUUGUCUGUUCUGUACUCUACCAUAUUCCCAAUGUCAGAACAAUGCCUGGCACCAGGUAGAUGCUCAAUAAAUAUUUGAGGAAUGAAUGA